AUAUUGAAUAAAACGCCGAAUAAAACAAACUGUUUUGGCACUUAAAUUAUUUGUAAACCUAUUCCAAAUCAAUAACAACAAAAAAAAAUAAUUAGAAUGGACGCUACUAAGGAUCAAGGCUUGGUCAUCAAGAUGGCACAAAAAAACAAGGAAACGCAAACAGUUAAAAUAGGUGGUGGCAAUUGGUUUGCUGUCCCACCAAAUGGAGCUGGACAUGAGUUCAAUCAAAUGCCCGCGUUCAGCCGGAUCUCCUGGCAGUUCUACAAGGAUCGCGAGGAGGAGCUCUACCGUCGUGCCUGCCAGCUGAAAGGCAUUCGAGUGCAGCGCGAGGAGGAGGACGACUCGAUUGGCUCUGAGGAGGAGCCGUCCAAGGCACACUAUCGUUACACCUUAGAUGAGAUGAAAAGCUACAAUCCCUAUCGUUUUAUUAAUCUAAAAAUGUAAAAAAAAACUACAUCAACUACAUCAGCAGCAGCAGCAACUACAACAACAAAUGCAUCUAACAAUUAGGCAACAGCAAAUACCACACUUUCAGGCAGAAUAUAACCAACAACACCACCACCACCAACAGACACCACCACCACCACCAUAACCAUAUCGACAUCCAAGUUACACACUACACAAGUUGAGUCUGUUGCCCCUAAUGACUCGAUGUUUUUACACUUUUAUGAUUUCAUAUUUAACAGAGCACACAUAGGAUCACAUGUGUUAAAUGCUUGUACUCUUUCAUGUUUAAAACAAUUGAUGAUUGUUCAUAAAUGGUUAUUUGACCAAACCAA